GGGAACGCGGCCUCCGCGCUUCCGGUAUCUUGAUCUUCCAGGGCUAAGUGCCGCUGCUCGGCGCUGGAGUCGCCGUGCCGCCGCCGGGAUCAUGGUGUUCUACUUCACUAGCAGCAGCGUUAACUCAUCUGCUUACACUAUUUACAUGGGAAAGGAUAAAUAUGAAAAUGAAGAUCUGAUAAAGUAUGGCUGGCCUGAAGAUAUUUGGUUUCAUGUGGACAAACUCUCUUCGGCUCAUGUAUACCUUCGAUUACAUAAGGGGGAGAAAAUAGAAGACAUUCCAAAGGAAGUACUGAUGGACUGUGCCCAUCUUGUGAAGGCCAAUAGCAUUCAAGGCUGCAAGAUGAACAACGUCAAUGUGGUUUAUACCCCGUGGUCUAACCUGAAGAAAACGGCCGACAUGGAUGUGGGACAGAUAGGCUUUCACAGGCAGAAGGACGUGAAAAUUGUGACAGUAGAGAAGAAAGUGAAUGAGAUCCUGAACCGAUUGGAAAAGACCAAAAUGGAGCGGUUCCCAGACCUAGAGGCAGAGAAAGAAUGCAGAGACCGCGAAGAGAGGAAUGAGAAGAAAGCCCAGAUUCAGGAAAUGAAAAGGAAAGAAAAGGAAGAGAUGAAAAAGAAGAGGGAGAUGGACGAACUUAGGAGCUAUUCAUCACUAAUGAAAGUUGAGAAUAUGUCUUCAAAUCAGCAAGUGUGUGACAGCUGGGAAAUGAGGACAGCACGGCGGGUGCUUCAGCAGGCUCACGUUCAAGUUGGGCUUCGUGAGAGCUCUUCUCUGCCAAGUGCACGUGGGCCCAGCACAGGGCAAGAGACUCGUGUGCGUUAUAUCAUUUCACAAACGACAUGCAUGAUGCCACCCACGUUUUCAUCACGUUCUGGAUGAAUGAUAUGUAAACUAGAAUACAAGCUGAUAGUUUGAGAAGAACCAAGUGUGUGGGGGGGAUUUCACUUUUACUUUUCUCCUCCAUGAUGCAGUCUCACUGAUGGGAUGUGUAAUUAUUUUAGGCAUGUAGGAAGAAGGAGGUUCUCGGCUACCUGAGAUGAUGCCCUUUGAGCAGUCAGUUUUGCCCUUUAGCAGGAAGAAGAGAGCAAAUUACAGUAAAGGGAAGAUGGCCCAAGAAUUCCAGGAAGAGAACUGAAGAACUCAGAGCCUGAGGGCCGUGAUCUUUGAGCCCUAGAAUUUGAAGUCUAUGACUCAUUCCCCGCCCCCCUAGAGUUCCUAGGGGUCUGCCUGAGACCCUGACCCUGAAAUGAGGUGCAAAACAUGUAGACUUGCUGGAAUGGUAUCACUGAUGAAUGUCGUAUCUCUGGGCCAGCGUUCUGUUUAUAGAGUCACCCCUUCUGUGACAGUGCCUAUUCUAACGUUACCCAGUAUGUUGGCAGGAGGUAUCAGGAUAGAAGGAGCCACAGAAACAGUCAGGCUUUGCUCCCAACUAUAAAAAGCAUGUUUGACUUCUUAAAUGUUUAUUAGAGGAUGCUGGGUUCUGUUUGUCACUAGUCAAGGCAAUACCUGCGCCCUUUUGGUUUUAACUGCCUUAGCUACUAGAAUCCUGGGGGUUAAGGUUUUGAGUAAAGCAACCUAUCUGGGGAAUGUAGGUUGAAACCAGACUUCUCAUAUAGAAAAAUGUAGAGAUCCGUGUAUAUUCUUGGUGGACUCAGGAGUAUACUGAAAAUACAAAUAGCUAGCUAACGCCACGUGUUAACCAUGGCUUACCAUUAGAAUAUACAUACCUCCAUUUUCUCACAACUGAUUGCUUUGUUUUGUCUUGCUGAUUUCAUGGUGUCAAUUACUGGAGGAACUCCGAGCUCUCCACCUCAGUGGUUAUGACUGCAGUUCUGUACUGUGCCAGAUGAAACAAGAAACAGGUCUCUGUGUUGGCGCGCGCCAGUGGGCUCUGACUAGGCGUUUUCUGCUUUUGUUGACAGCCAAGGAACAGAGGCCAGGGGAAGUGAACGCUCACCCUAGAAUCCCAUGUAGCUUUUGCUAGUACCCAACCCUGGUGAGUGGGUGUCAGUGUUUAAGGCUAAAAAAAAAAAAGGAAUUCUCCAAAGUCAGUAUCGUUUUUCAAUCCCACAUCAACCCCAUCCUGUAACCACUGCAUUAAAAAUAUAAGAUUAGUGGCCUGACGUUUCACAUCCUGCCUAGGUGAAGGCUUGGCUGCCUGCGUUCUUGCUGGCAUUUUGGUUUCUGCCUCGGCACUUUGCCUUGUAGAGAGAAGGCCAACAUUUGCUUAUGAUUUCUGGGAUGUGCUUAUGAGAAUGGGAUUUUCCAGGUGUUGAGGGCUGUUCUGUGCAUCUUAAACCGUUUUAGCUCUUAGUCAGAUUCAGGGUCAACAGGUUAAACUGCAGACUGAGAAAUGUCAAGAGAAAAAUACAGUUCGAGUAAUGGCCUUUUAUCCGUCUCAGCCUUGCCAGAAUUAUCUUCAGUUGUGGAGCCCCUCGCUUCGUUACAUCAAUCCCUUCAAAACUCUGAAAUUUUUGUUCUUUGGUUAACGUACUCUGCACCCAGUGAGGCUUACAUAACUUAUUUCCAAACUAGAAUUGCUCUAAGAAGAGUCUUAGGAAAAGGAUGGAAGGUCUGAAAUAGUCAAGGCUUAAAUUUAGUCACAGGAAAAGCUGUACUAGUGCCUACGGUUGGAAAAUGUUUCCUUUUUCAAUAAGAAGGGAGAGGGCAACCUGUGUUCCUGCCCGCCUCCCACCCCUCGGCGAGGCCCUUCGAGGUCCUGCUUCUGCCGUGGCGGAAAGCGUUCCGCUGCCAUGUUUAAGUCCAGUGAUCGAUUGGGGCUUUAUUGUCGUUAAGACCUUCGUGAACAGGACAAUACACUGAUUACCAGGACUCUUUCUCCCUCACAUCUGUCCAGACAACUGCUCGUAUAUCAGGGAUUAAAGAGGAUAAAGGAAACACACAAACCUUCCCUCACUUAGCAUGUCGACUCCUCCCUCCAAGCACCACUGAACUCCGCUGGAUCUCUGGGGAUUCUGAGUUGGGAAGAAUG